AUGCAACAACAAUACAAUGCUCCAGCCAGACCUUUCCGCUAUGAGGAAAAAAGCGUUGAAGAUGAUUUUGAAUUGGUGAACGUUGUGAGCAGGACAAAUAGGAAGAGUUUACCUCCGUCGAUGACGAGCAAUGCCGGAGGUGGGCAAUCAAUUAUUAAUAAUAAUAAUCAAACACAACAAUAUAGUGGGAUAUUAUCAACAGCUACGAAUCGAUUAUCGUUGAGUUUGAUUUCUCCUGUGGUGAUGGAUGGAAAUUCUGAUCGGAAAGAGGAAGUUAAUAAUACUGUACCAUCAUCAUUAAAUAAUAGACGAAGUGUUGAAUUGGUGGUCGAGUACAAUUUCAGACCAGACUUUGAGAAGGAAUACAUUAAACGAACUGAAGAAUUGAUGAAGAGAGAGGAAGAAGAGGAAAAAACUAGGAAGGCAAAGUUUAUUGCCCUGUUGGAAGAAUUAAAUUCAACAAAAGGAAAUAAUGAUUCAUUGACUACAAGUAGCAGCAAUAAUAACACUAAUAGUAAGAUUAACAAGGAAGUUAUUCCACAAAAUAAUUUCAUGAUCAAUAAUAAUUAA